CUAGCCUUGCCCCAAUCCGGCCAAGUCAAAACUCCCCGCCCGCCAAUUCAUCAUUGGAAUCUUGUCAGUCUCAAGAUAGAUAUUGAAGCUGCGAACUACUUUCAUCCUGCGUACAACAUUAACCAGACAAUUAUCCGCGGCCUCUGUUGUAUGCUCUGUUUACGUUCCUUGUUCAGAAUGGCCGAAGAAACCGCCGCAAAGAGGCUCAGGACCUCCCCUCCCACAAUCGGCACUCACAACGGCCACUUCCACGCCGAUGAAGCCCUAGCCGUCUACCUCCUCCGCCUCCUACCAACCUACACCUCCUCCCCCCUCAUCCGUACCCGCGACCCCUCCCUCCUAGCCACCUGCCACACCGUCGUCGACGUCGGCGGCGAAUACGACCCCGCCCGCAACCGCUACGACCACCACCAGCGAUCCUUCACAACUACUUUCCCGCAACAUACCACAAAGCUCUCCUCCGCCGGCCUCAUCUACCUCCACUUCGGCAAAGCCAUCAUAGCCCAACACACCGCCCUCCCCGUCCACCACCCCGACGUAGCCACCCUGUACGAAAAGCUAUACACAGACUUCAUCGAGGCGCUCGACGCGAACGACAACGGCAUCUCCGUCUACGACAGCGCCGCCCUCGCCGCGGCCGGCGUGCAGAAACGCUUCCGCGACGGCGGCAUCAAUCUCGGCGCCCUCGUGGGCGAUCUGAACCAUCCAGACCCCACCGCGGCAGAGCCGCAGGACGAAGACGCCCUCUUCGAGAACGCGAGUAGGUUCAUUGGCGGCGCGUUCCUGCGCAAACUGCGUGUUGCGAGUAGCUCAUGGCUCCCUGCGCGCGCGACGGUGAGCGAGGCGUACAAGGCGCGCUUUGACACACAUGCCUCUGGGCAGAUACUGGUGUUGCCCACUGCGGGGGUUCCGUGGAAGGAGCAUUUGUUUGCGCUGGAGGAGGCGGCGGCGGCGGCGGCGGCAGAGGCUGGUGCGGAUCUUUUGAGACAGGUGUAUUACGUGCUGUACCCGGAGUCAACGGCGCCGGAGGCCAAGUGGCGCGUGCAGUGUGUACCGGUCACGGAUGUGAGUUUUGAGUCCAGGAAGCCGUUGCCGGAGGCGUGGUGUGGGGUUAGGGAUGAGGAUCUGGAUAGAGUGUUGGCGAGUGAGGAGGCGAGUGUGGUGGUACCUCCUGGUGCGGUAUUUGUGCAUGCGAAUGGGUUUAUUGGGGGGCAUGCGACGAGGGAGGGCGCGUUUGCGAUGGCGGUUAGGAGUUUGGGGUAAGAUGUGAAGACUGGGGGAUGUGUUUUGUUUUGCUUGUGUGGGAAUCCAUUUUGUGUUAUUUAUGCUUUGUGUUAUGGAAAAUAUGAGUAGGGAUAAUAAUAUUAGGGUUAUUGCACUGCCGAUGGGUACAUAGUGUGGUAUUUCUCAAGACGUAUUCUCGGAGUUAAGAAAGGAAAGGGGGAUUCGGUUAUGUUCAAACGCGCCAACAGGCCAAAUCAAAAUAUCAUAGACCCGUUAUAUUUCCAUCCUCGGGCCAUUAGCCCUUGUGUCAUAACUAACCCCUGUCAGCACCCAAACUGGAGUCGCCCGCUGGCGAUGCGCUUGAUGCGGAAGCCGUACCACAUCGACUUGUCUCCGUUAAAUAACAACCGUAGCCAUAACUAAGAUGUAGCAAAAGGAGGGAACUAAUACUGUCGGGUUUCCUCCCCCGCUAGCUAGGCGGGCCAAGGCCAACAUUCCGUG